AUGGCAGGACCCAUCAUCUCGCUGGCGCGCUUCGUGCCGGAGGCCGUCGAGGCCGUUGUCGCGUCGGGCGCUGUCCCCGGCGCACGUGGAGCCGCUGCCGCCCAAUUCUCCACAGCCGGCGGCGUCGCCGCCUACAAGCUGCCGGAGCUGCCCUACGCGUACAGCGCACUCGAGCCCGUGAUCAGCGGCCAGAUCAUGGAGCUGCACCACGCCAAGCACCAUGCUACGUACGUGGCCAACCUCAACAAGGCCCUGGAGGAGUACGCUGAUGCCGAGGCCAAGCGGGACUUGGGCAAGUUGAUCUCACUGCAGGGGGCCAUCAACUUCAACGGCGGAGGCCACAUCAACCAUGACAUCUUCUGGACAAACCUGGCACCCGAGAAGGACGUGCGUCCUCCUACCGGCGAGCUGCUCAAGGGCAUCGAGGCCAGGUGGGGCGGCCUGGACAAGUUCAUCGCGGAGUUCAACGCCAAGACGGCCGCAGUGCAGGGCUCUGGCUGGGGCUGGCUCGGGUACAACAAAGCGACUCGAGGCCUGGAGAUCGCCACACUGGCCAACCAGGACCCCCUCGCCAAGACGGGUCUGGUGCCGCUGCUGGGUGUAGACGUGUGGGAGCACGCCUACUACCUGCAGUACAAGAACGUGAGGCCUGACUACCUCAAGGCCAUCUGGAAGGUUGUCAACUGGGAGAAUGUGGAGCAGCGGCUGGAGGCCGCCAAGAAGCCUUCCUGUUCAGAGGGAGGCGGCCAUGCAGCUCACUACCGCGCGCCAAUCGUGACGCCGCCGCCGCGCGCGAGCUCCAGCUCCUCUUUGGGCGACGAAUCAGGGGACGAUGUCGAGGCCGGCAUUUUGCUGCUGCCAAGGAGGGGCAACGCAGAACCUGGCGCAAGCGAGGGCGACACCUCGUCCUCCACCAUGGCUGACGCUUCAUCUUCAGAGCUCCACAGGCUCCGGCGAACAGGCUCAGGCCCCAGCACGGUCGCCAGCCGUGCUUGGCAGGUGUCCGAUGUGGCGGCCCUGACGCGCCCCCGCAGCGCUCUCGGCCUAAGCACCACCGGCGGCGGCGGCAAGCUAGCGGGCGGCAAGUUCUGCAAGGGCGGCAGUGGCAUCAACCUGGCGGCGACGGUGGAUGCCGGUGGGGUGGGCACCGAGAUGCUGCUGGCUGGCGGCGACCAGGAUGAUGACGACUGCUGCCCCACCUGUCUGGACCUCUACACCUCGGAGAACCCGCGGAUCUGGACGCGAUGUGGCCACAGCUUCCACAUGCAGUGCAUCUACGAGUGGCUUGAGCGCAAGGAGACCUGCCCCCUGUGCGAGUCUCAGAUUGACUUUGACGAACCUUGA